GCACCUAGGUUUUUUACUUUUGUUGUUCUGACAAAAGCUGCAGGAUGCGACGUUGCGUGUGAUUUUUAUAAACUACAAUCGAAAGAAGCAAAAUGGCGCGAUGGUGCUACCUCGUCCUGUGGGCAGCGCUUUGCUUCUCAACAGGAUCAUCAAACAAGCUGCCCAUCUUCAUCGACGAUAUGAACAACCAGCCAUUCUUGGAAAACAUGCCAGUCGGAGGGGUAGUGUACACUCUGCUAGGCGAAGACCCUGAGGGACACCCUAUCCGAUAUGGAAUACGAUAUACUGACAAGUUUUCAGUGAAUCCUGUAACCGGCGAAGUUCGGCUAGUUAAGCCUUUAGACAGAGAGACUGAAGAGACGAUAAAGUUCGAAGUAUCAUUAGAAGAGAUGAAUCCAAACGGCAUGGAGAAUUUAACCCUGACGCAGCCUGUCACUGUGAUUGUUCUCGAUGAGAAUGACAACGCACCGACAUUUAGAAACACUCCAUACGAAGCUGAAGUGUCGGAAGACGAAGAAAUUGGUGCAACGAUUCUGAACAACAUUGAAGUGCAAGACGUGGACACCGUUGGUGAUAAUUUGGAAGUUGGAUGUGUUUCUACCGAUCAGUUGCCAGAUCCUUGCACAAUUUUCGAAGUAAUAACGUACAAUUCAACUGCCAACUACUUUUUAGGAGCGCUUGUGUUAAAAACACACAUAGACUAUGAAAAGACCCAACUAUAUCAGUUCAAUAUUUAUGCUCAUGAUGGCAUCCAAGAAUCAACAACCCUUGUCGAGCUGAAAGUUGUGGACGUGCAGAAUUCUCCACCAGUCUUCAGUGGUUCCCUCAGCGCGGCGUUGUCAGAGGAUGCUCCUGUGGGUACCCUAGCGUUGACCAUCAAAGCUCGAGACGCUGACCGGGCACAACCUAGAGACGUUAUUUUUGAACUUGUUAAUAAUCCAUUGGAUUUCUUCUUCCUGGAUAGAAAUACUGGUGAACUGAAGACAGCUAAACCACUGGACAGAGAAGCUCUGGAAGAUCCUUCAUCGCCUUUAAAUUUGACAGUUAGAGUAACCGAGCUGGUAAAUGGCGCUCCACUGUACAGCAACAGUACAUCAUCAACGGCCACAGUGACCGUUACCAUCAAAGACGUUAACGACGAGCCUCCGAGGUUCAAUCGGCGGGAAUACCAUGUGGCCAUACCGGAAAGUCUGCCUAUUGGGACGCCGUUGCCUAAUUUGGAUAUGGUCGUCACUGACACAGAUGUGGGUCUUAACUCCAUGUUCAGUCUUCGACUAUCGGACGAUUUAGACGCGUUCAUAGUCGAGCCGGCGACGGCCACCGGCAGCGCCUCUGUUACUUUGCGGCUCAACUCUAGCUUGGAUUACGAGGAUCAUAACCAGAGGAAGUUUAUUUUGGAGGUAAUAGCGGAAGAGCUCCAUCCCCCCAAGCGACUGUCCUCAAAAGCCAGUGUAACAGUGACUCUGAUAGAUGUAAACGACAACGCUCCGACGUUCCCUGAAGAACCUUACUCCGCUUCGGUAGCCGAGAACGCAGAAGGAGAUACUCUGAUUACUGUUAUUACUGCUUUUGACAGAGAUACUGGCAGAUUUGGAACCGAAGGUAUAAUCUACGAGUUGUCGGGCAGCGGAUCUGAGUUGUUCAAAGUUAACAACCGAACUGGAGGGAUCACGGUAGCUCCAUGCGCCACCCCUGGACAUCCACCCUGUUUGGACUAUGAAACCAGAAAGGAGUACUUCUUACAAUACAAGGCAACAGACGACAACGGCUCCGGCCAAAGCUCAGUGGUCCCCCUGCAGAUAUCUAUCACUGACUCGAACGACAACGCUCCCGUGUUCCUGACGCCUAUUUACAAAGCGUCCAUAGAUGAGGAUGCUGUCAAAUUUGAACCGGAGUUACAGGUUCAAGCCCGCGACAUCGAUGCUUCAUCAGACCUCCGUUAUUCCAUCAUCGCACCCGAAGAACAUCCUUUCUGGAUCGACCCUCUCUCAGGCCGACUCUCCAUCAAGACUGAAAACGCUGAUUUUGGUUCAGCGCAGAACCAUCGAUUUGAACUUACUGUGUUGGCAACAGACGGCAUCCACAAUGCGACCUGCAAAGUAGAAAUAUCUGUGCGGGAUGUGAACAAUCACGCACCUGUGUUCGAUUCGGAAGUUUAUGAUGCUAAUAUUUCUGAAAACGCUCCCUAUGGAACCGAAGUGGCAGCAGUUCGAGCAACUGACAAAGACAGCGGCGUUAAUGCGGAAAUUAAGUAUGCUAUAAAAAAGGGCGCCUACGAUGCGUUCCAGAUCGACAAACUUACCGGAGUGGUCACUGUCUCAUCACAACUGGACUACGAUAAGAAGGAUACUUAUAGAAUACAAAUCGUCGCUACAGAUUCAGGAAUGCCUUCCUUAACCGGCACUACAGAACUAACAGUACACGUAAUAAACGUUAACGACAAGCGACCGUAUUUCACACCGACAACGCAAAGGGCGGAAGUGUCUGCUGACGCCGAAGUUGGAACAGUGAUACACAAGCUAAUGGCUGAAGACCCGGACGUCGUCGACGAGUCUCAGCUCAUAUUUGGCAUGUCUGCAAGACCCAUUACUGCUGUUGAUAAGAAUGGAAAAGAGGUAACAGAUGAAGGCAUAUUCUACACGUGGUUCACAGUUUUAUCAAACGGCAAUGUCGUCGUGUCGCAGAAACUGGAUAGAAGCAAAGCAGCUGUAUUGACUCUGCCAGUCACUGUUUUAGAUACUUCUGCGCCUGCGCUGCAACAGGCUGAAGGAGAACUUAUAGUAACAAUAGUGGACGUGAAUCGUCACGCGCCGGUGUUUUCUCAACCGUUAUAUAAAGAGAAAUUGGUAGAAGAACAACCAGUUGGUACUGUGCUUAAUACUUACACCGCAACCGACAAAGAGUCAGCUAUAUCUGACAUUGUCAUUCACCCACCUAACCCUUAUUUCCAAAUUGAUAAUGUUACUGGAGUAGUGAAAACAACACAACGUAUAGAUUAUGAAAAAAUCAAAAGCAUUAAAUUUACACUAAUAGCUUACGAUUCUGGAGUUCCUCAGCUAUCCUCCACAGCGGAUGUAAUAGUGGACAUUCUGAAUGUUAAUGAUGAGGAACCAGAGUUUAUACAGUCAGCGUAUGAUGCGAGUAUUGCAGAGCAUUCUCUAGGGGGAACUAGAGUUGUUACUGUUACCGCCGUUGAUAAGGAUGAAGGUGAAUACGGCGAAGUACGCUACAGUCUUUCCGGUGAACAAGCUUCUUUAUUCACCAUUGACCCCCUGACUGGAGUGGUAUACGUCGCAGAAGGAGCUGUCAUUGACCGAGAAAGUGUCAGUGACAUUUGGCUCAGAGUUGUGGCUUCUGAUAACGCUCCGACGAAUGUUAGGAAGUCGACAAGCGUACCUAUCCAUGUAAAAGUACAAGACAUAAACGACAAUUUACCAAAGUUCACUCAGAAAGUUUACAAGAGUACUAUAGCCGAGAACUUGAAACUUGAUCCACCUGCGGCCAUAUUACAAGUACUGGCUGAAGAUAAAGAUGAGGGCAUCAAUGGGAGAGUGCAAUAUAAAGUUGAGGAACAAAGCCAACCUGGUACAUUCAGAGUGGACCCCUUAAACGGCAUUAUCUAUCCAGUUCUCAACGUAACAGGCAAUUUGACCUACCAUCUAACAGUGUCAGCCACUGACCUAGAGGGCAGAGGACCUCACACCGACACUGCUAAAGUGGACAUCUACGUACAAAGUGUCAAUAGACAUAGCCCUGUGUUUAUUGAACCGCCUAUUGAGUUGAGGCAGCUGGAAAUCCCUGAGAACGCAGCACAAGCAGACUACUUAAUAACAACAAUCAAAGCAACUGACCAAGAUAAGGGUGACAACGGUCGAGUAUCGUACUACCUCAAAGUUGAUAACCAAAACGUUGAGGAAACUGCUGAAUUUAGCCUUGACAAGGAUACGGGAGAACUCAGAACUAAGACUUUGUUAGAUCGGGAACAUAAGUCUGAUUAUCAGCUGGUGAUAGCAGCUGUAGACAACGGUACUCCAGCUCACGAGAGUCUCAGACUGCUCUCAGUAGUGCUAGUUGACGAAGACGACAAUGCGCCGCAAUUUGCUUUCAAACGCUAUCAGUUCACCGUAAAGGAGAACCUUGCUCCUGGAAUUAUUAUUGGCUCUGUAAAAGCUACAGACAAGGAUUCAGGUGACCACGGAACAGUGUAUUAUCAUAUUCUCGAAGGCAACAAGGAUGGUGCCUUCACUCUCGGAAAGAAGUCUGGUGUUAUUAAAGCUAAUGUCAGCUUUGAUAGAGAGUCCCAAGCAGAAUAUUCCUUUACAAUUUACGCCAGCAACAAUCCAAUUGUCGAGAACGCAGCGGCGCUGCUCAACUCCAUAGACAAUACGACCGACAACACUCACGACGUCUCAUUCGUCACUGUCCGGAUAUUGGACGAGAAUGAUAACGAGCCUAAAUUUCAGCAGAAAGUAUACUACGCUGGAAUAAAAUAUACGGCGCGCAUCAACGAGCCUAUAAUAACAAUAACUGCUGAGGACCCCGACCUAGAAGAAAAUGGUACCUUGGUAUACAUGGUCGCUGCUUCGAACUUGUACAAGUUCGGGGCUUCUGUGUCCAGCGGGAGUGUUGUCCCUUCACCUUUCAACAUCAGUCAGGAUGGUGUCUUGACAACCGCCCAAUACAUGUCAGAAUACAACCAAGACCGGUUUGUUCUGGAUAUCAUUGCUCAAGAAAUAGCGCCGCCUCAUAGACAAGCUAAAGCACAAGUUUAUGUAUGGGUAAUCGACCGCACAUCCUUGAUUCGCAUGGUGGUGUCUCGCGACUGCCAGGCCCCGACCCCGGUCCUUAAGAGACUGGCCCAUGCGGGACAAGCGUUGUUGGUGCUCGGCAGAAGGUUGCCUCAUGUUCAGGCUGACAGAAGAUACGAUGAUUGGUGUGAAAUCCACCUGCACGCCGUAGACCCAUCGACGUAUCAGGUGCUACCCGUGGAGAAAGUUCUUGAAACUAUUGACUCCAAGUACGACGAGCUGAAGGACGUCUACCAGGAGUUUGGAGUCGAAACCCUCAUUGCCGCCAGUUCUACUUCUAAAGCCCCUGAUGCAUUCGACCCCGCCCUGGCAGCGCUGAUUGCCUUGCUCAUUGUUUUAUUCACUGGAAUUGUAACUUUUAUCGUCGUCUGUGCAUGCCUCAAACAUUGGGUCAUCGCAGCGCCUUCAAUGCAAUCCAGUAAAGGCGACAGUCUUGCUCGAAGGCGCAUCCUCGAAGAGCUGAGCACCACUGAGAACCCACUGUGGCUGGAAACCAAACUCCGGCCUUAUGAGGAGCAGGAGCUCACUAUGAACGUGUUUGGAGAUCAGGCUGAACCUAACAGUGAACCGGUAUUGACUGACAAUACGUACGCAACUAUACAAGGCAACCGCGCGGUCGAGCGGUUUGGGGACUACGCCACUCUUGGGGGCGAUUCUCCUACACCCUUAGAAUCUGCCAUGGGGUUCCAGGGCAGCACAUUUAAGCCACCAUCGCCUGAUACGCCGGAGCCACCGCCGCGACCAACAGCAGGGUUAGGACAGCACUGAUGGUAUUCCAUCUAUAGUUCAAACAGGUAUAGUUUUCCAUUGAUAGAUAUAUCAAAUUAUGUAAAUAUACUACAUUCCUAAUUAUGUUGACAAUGUGUUAUAGGAUGAGUUCGACUUUAAGCAUUUCGGUGUAGUGAUUGUUUAACUAUACUGUUUUAAAUUUGAUUUAUUCGCGUUAUUGCCAUUGGCUGGAAUUACAGUGACACUGGAAUGAAGCUAGAAAAGAAAAGAAGAGCACCUUAAUUCCAUCAUAGAUGAUCAAUCGAAAAUUCUACUCUAAUCUGAUAUAGCAACUGGAUCAAUGCACUGUUUUUUUUUAUAUUAGUGCUUGUUAUUUUCGUUUUCAUUAUUAACCGACUUGAAAAAAGGAGGAGGUUCUCAAUUUGAGUGGUUUUUGUCCGCAUGUUACGCGAUUGCUUCGACAUUUGUUAACCGAUUUCGAUGAUUCUUGUUUUGUUAAAAACUGUGUACUUCAGCAGUUGUCCCAUUCGCACCGCGAAGCUACCUCAGGAACCAACUCUGUUAGGCCUGUAGUUUGUCACGCGUGAUGAAAUUGAGCAAGCAAUUUGUUUAAGCUCCUAGGCGAUAAUACGAGCAACGAUUUCUUACCGCCACAUUGCUAUUGUCUUUUUUAUAUAUCUGUCUUUUUAUCAUGGCAAUAUUUCUCAACAAUCACUCACCAGUACUGCUUCAUAAGACUGCAUAUUUUAUAACUACGUUACCAUACAUCAAUACUCAAUAAUACAUUGACAACGUCAUACGUUAAUUUUUUAAACUAACUUCUAGGACAUGGAAGUGUAAAAUAAUCUCGUUUGAGCCAUUCCUUGAAUUAAUUUAUUUAUGAGGUUUAAUAGUGUAAUAAUGAUUAUUAGAUUAAGCUUCGAUAUUGGACGAUGGUAAUCAUUAUUUUCACAAUUAAGUUUUUAAGGUUGAAUGUUGUGAAAAGACGGGAAUUCUUUUCAAACUUCCGACUAAUGAUGGUAAGAAGACUGAGGUCAUAUAGUGGUUUUGUUGGUAUGGGAUCAUACAUAGCCGUCGGAGAGUUGCUCGCACGUCAAUGUGACGGCCGUAUUAUUUAUUAUAACUAUGCUACAAGCUGCUUUGUUAAACACCUAUUUCGGGGUAUAAAAGUAGCUUGUUCGCCUUUAUUAUUAUAUAUAAAAAGCUAUGUGACCACUGUACUAGCAUCUUAGAAGACUCAUAAUACCAUGGAUCGCUAUGGCGUAACUACACUCCCGGACAAAUAAUUCGAGCCACCUUACAUUUUUAUUCUAAAAGGGAGAGAAUAUAAUAGUUAUUUGUUAAGCAAGACUGCAAAGUUAUUAGAAACCUGAGCGAGGGAAGGAUCCUAAGAUUCAAGAAUAGAAUCCUGAGUGUAGUUAGUGUGGUAAAAAAAAUAUUCUUCUCAUCGAAGAAAAAGUUUUACAAAUUUAAAUUUUCGACAAGGAGUUCUGGAAAUGACGUUAUCACCUCACUGGCUCGAAAUUAAUUUCUUUCUCGAAUGCGUUUUUUGAAAUUCGAACUUGAAUCGUAAAUCGAACUUGAUUCGAUUUUCUUUCGUUGAAAAAAAAAACAUAAUGACGCAUUCAACUACGCAAUUUGUCGCAUAUUAUUAAAUCCGUUAGUA